AUGUAAAAAUAUCUUUCUUUAGCAUUAUUCUUCAUUUAUUUCGUGGCAGAGAUUCAAGCCUAAACCAAGACUACAACUAAACCUAAAACCGUAGUUCCUGUGAUCAUUACAAGCGCAUCUUGCCGUCCCACAUCAGCUGCCAUCCCUCAAGGUUCGUUGGCUGGAGGAACAACCUUAUACAUCCAAGCAUCUGGAUUGAGUACUACUGUCUCUAAAAAUGCAGUGUUUGUAGGAACAUACCCUUGCAUAGUGCCUGAAAAUGGUGUUUCAGGGUUGUCAAUCAUUUGUGUUACCUCUCAAGUCAAGCCAGACGACCAUAGUCUUGGAUCACUCCCAAUCGUAAUCAAAGUGACAGGAUCUGCAGAUUCUACAUGCACUGCAGGCGUCUAUUGUUACUUUACUUAUUUGAAAUCUUUGACAAGCCAACUUUAUUUUGUAAGUCCAAGAGUUAACUACCCCAGUCAAUGGACCUUUUUCAGAGGUAAAUUCUUGGUUAGCUCUUUGUCAAGUGCACAAUUAUAGAUUUAAUUUGACAAUUAAAUUUGUGAUAGAAGCUAAUCUUCUUAAUCAGACAUUGAUGCCAAUGAUGACAUUAUUAAAUGUUAAGUACCCACUGAUGGCAUAGCUGGCAUCUACCCAAUCUACAUAACUACAGUCAAUGGUAAUCAACAAAAUAGUGUGUCAGUAUCAUAAUAAUAUACCACAACCACAGACACUUAUCAAUCAAUCAUCCUCCCAGUCAUUACAGGUUUGAGCACCAAGGUGUUGUCCAAGAAAGGAGGUAUGUUGAGUAUAUAUGGUCUUGGAUUCGGAUAUGGUACCUGUUAAGUCAGAGUCUAUGUCGGAGGAUAACUCCAAUUGAAAAACACAGCAGUUGUUGGAAAUGACGGAUCAACCAUCACAGUUAAAUUCUUCAACAUCACCAUCCACGGUUAGGAAGCCUAUGCAGAUGGAAGCGGUCUUAGAUAUAAGAGAUGGUGGGGAAACACUGUUUAUCAGAAUGACUUUAUUGGUGAACCAGAUGUCCAAAAUGUUUAUGGAAGUUACUACAACGAAUAGUUCAAAGGAUUCUUCAAGGCUCCAAAGACAGGAUCCUAUAGAUUCUACGUAGCCUCAGACGACAGAGCCACUGUUGAGUUGAAUAAAAAUCCAUCAUCAAUCGAUAAUUCGAAAUUAGAAUUGAUUGCCGAAAACAAUCUAUCAGGAUAUAGAAACUACUGGCAAAGUGAAUUUUCUAGCACCCCAGUGAAUUCUAUAUCAGAUUACAUCACUCUUGAAGAGGGCCAAUACUAUCAACUACAAAUCAAUCAUACCAAUGGUGCUGGUCCAGGAUAUGUCACUGUAUCAGUAGAAAUCGAGGACGAAACAUUCACUGAAUACUCAGUAGGUGCUCUUUACAGUAUUUCAACCUCAUACAAUCCAAUCAAGGAGGAAGUCGAAUACAAGGUGUUUAACUCUUUGGCAGACACUAAACUCUCAGGACAAUAUCAGUUGGUCUUCGCAAGUACAACUGCAAAUCCAGCAUUCUCUUACAGUACAGGAUGGCUUUCAACUCUUGCCACUGCUGAACAAGUUGCAUCAGCCAUUAAUGCUAUUGGAGUUUACAGUGUGACAGUUGCCAGCACCAAAGUGGAUUCUGCUGGUGAAGAAUUACUGGACUAAACAGCCACCACAUUUGCUGGUUUCAGAUAUGUUAUCACAUUCUAAAGAUACAGAAAAGUGUAAGUCAAACCAUCAUUUGUAUUCAACAUCACUGCUAAUGCUAACAGUGCUAUUGGUAAGGCCUCAGCCAUUUUGGUAACUCCCUCUACUCCAAUAGAAGGUACAUUCCAAUUAAGUUAUGUUGAUUAUGACAGCAUUGAACAAUACUUGAAGGUGAGCAAUUCAGUUGAUUUACCAUUUGAUUUGAGUGCCUCUGCUUUAGCUGAUGCAAUUGAAGCAACCACUGGAUACAGACCCAUAGUUUGGAAUGAAGGAACUCCAUAGGAUGGAAACAUCUGGAAAGUCUAAAUAAAGGGAGUCCAAGAAUUAAGUAACUUUAAAGUUGCCACCAACAACUUGAUAUCUGGAAAUGGAGAAGUCAAGGUCACCAUAACAACUCUAUAAGAAGCAAGUUCAAACAUUCUCUAUGAACCUAUUCCAAAUGAAUUAUUGUUUACUUAUUCAGCAACACCAACCGUUUCCAUCACUUUAGAUGGCUUAUUAAGUGCUUGUGCUCAAGAAGGUGCUUGCAAUUUGGAUGCUCCAGUUGAUUUGAAACUGACCAUGACUGAUUUCACUUAUGAUGAAGCUACUACUCUUAGUCUCCACAUAUCAACAGUUGGUAGUACUACAUUAGGAAACAGUUUGGAUGACACCCUCUCCACAAUUAGUUUCGGAGAUUAUGAUUGCUAUGACAUUGUAAUGGUUUAAACUGAUGAUUAUGAAUACGAUUUCACUUGCACUGUCGAUGGAACAGAAUUUGAAUAUGGAAAGUAUUUCCCAGUCUUCCACUAUGAGGAAUAUGGAAAUGCAGAUAUCGACCCUAGUGUACUUCCCUACUAAGCCCCAUUGAUAAUCACCCACAUCAAUCCAACAAGUGGAUCAGAAGAUGGUGGCACUGUCGUUACCCUAUUUGGCAAGGGAUUCCCUAAAGAAAUUACCGAAGAUUUAAGCGUUUAUCUUGGAGGAGUUUAGACUGUCAUCAAAUCUACCUCAAGUAACUAAGUCGUAAUUAAGACUCCAACAUACGUAGAGUCAAUGCCUGACUCAAUCAUUGUUUUGCAUUUCAAGGAUGGACAAGCUCAAAAUGCUGAUUUCACCUAUGAUCAUACAAUUCACAUUACGAUCACAAGAGUGCAAGAGACCAUAUUAACUCCCAUUUAUAAGGGAUUCAACACUAUCAUUGGUACUGGAUUUGGAUUAGUCACAUCUGAUAUCACAGUAGAAUUGGUGAAUGCAGAUAAAACAUAUUAAUGCCCAGUGGUUAGUGUAAAAGAUGACCAAAUAGUUGUUUACUUGAGAGGAGGUCUCCCAGGAGAAUAUAGAUUCAUUGUGAACAGAGCUGGAGUAGGAGAAGCAACAGCUGCUGGAGAUGCCAACAAAUUCCAAUACAACACAGUGAUAACCAGUAUUGACAAUGCUACAGGAAGUGAAGCAGGAGGAACUAGAAUCAAAAUUAAUGGAUUCAAUUUUGUGCCUCAAGAGACCAUCGUAUUUAUUGGUGAUGAAAUCAAUUGGAUUUGUGAUUUAGAUGAAGAUGCUUCCACUUCAACAGAAUUGUACUGUGUCACUCCACCAAAGCAUUUCAGAUACACAACACCCCAAAGGGUCAUAGUUACAACCAGAAUUCUGUUUGAUUCAGUCUGCCAAGGAUCUUGCGAGUUCACUUAUGAUUCCACCAUGACUCUAUCCUGUGGUGCUCCAUCUGACUCAGUUGCAAGUGCAGGUGCAAGAUUAUUAUCUGAAGAUCAACUCGGAUUACCAGAUUAUUAAAAGUAUAUUGUUCAAAAGAGAGAACAUCCAGAACCAAAAAGAACCAUGUCUUCUACUGGAAUUAGUCACUACUAAACUUAUGAGAGCAGUCCAAGAAGAGACUUGUCCUUCUGGAACGAUUACAUCUUUGAUAAGGUUAAGAAUUACACAGUUGAUCAAGUCGAAAACAUACAAUGCAUAACCACAACUUCAUAAUCAGUCACUGUAGUGUUCAAUGAGAAAUACUCAGUAACUGGAACAAUUUCAGAGACUGGCUAAUUGAUCUAUACAGUUCCUGAUUUACCUUAAGGUGAGUACAAGACAAGAAUCCAGACAUCCACUGGAUAUGCCACUGGAAUGUGGAUUACUAAUGUUGAAUUGCAAAUUACAUCAAUUUCAACAACCACAGUUGUACAAGGUGGAUAGGAUAUCGAAAUUAGUGGUAGUGGAUUUGGAGAUGACAAUGACAUUGAAGUGUACAUUGGAACAUGGAAGUGUUUGAGAGUGAAGAAGACUGGACAUAGAAAAUUGAAGUGCAGAACUCCAAGAAUCACAGCCAAUGCUGGAUACGGUGUGAAAAUACUCUAUCGUGACGUUAGAAAGAACUUGUAAACAAAAUCAUCUUGCUAAUUCCCAACCAAUCUGUAGGUUACCAAUGUUGGUCAACCAGCUAUCACUUAGAUCAAUAAUAAUGCUGGAAUUGUUUAUGUGUCUGGAAAGUCAGCUUAUACUUACAAUGCAUCAACUGAGACCUUGACUUUCAAUAUAGUUGGUACUAAUUUGGGUGCUACAACUUUGGAUGUCCAUUUGGAGAAAGAGGGACUUGAUGAUAUCGUAGGUACCAUUGUAUCUAGUAAUGCCACAUUGAUUCAAGUUUCCUUCGCCAAUGUGCCUUUGGGAUAAUUUGAUGUGGUUGUUUAAUGCGAUGACAAAGUAGCUUUGUGGACAACAUGGUAAUACCAGAAGAUCAUCUUCUAAAAUCCAGUUUUGAGUGGAUCAUUACCCAAGGCAUCAUGCAAAGGAGGAAAACAUUUGGAGAUUCAUGGUCAUGGUUUCCAUGAGAGUCACAAUGUCAAGGUUUGUGGAAAGAAAUGCGACUUGUUGAAUGUGAAUUAUCAUAGCAUUUUAUGCAGAGUACCAGAUUUCAACCCAGCUUGGGCUAAGAAGGUGUAGAAGGGAUUGAAAUCCAAGAAUUACAAACUUGAUCAUGAGGAGUUCUAAGUGACUUCAGAUGUCACAGACAAGAGUGUAGUCAAGAAAUUCUUUGAUUAAUCCGAAACUACUUAUCAUGUUUCAAAUUCAGCUACAAAUUGUUGGGUGUAAAUUGAUUUUGGAAAGAACAGGAAAAUGAAAUUGGACCACCUUAGUUUCUUACCUAGAAUCGAUGUUGGUGCCUCUUAUUUGAAAGGAGCCAAAUUCCAAUAUUCCACUGAUGGUGUAACCUUCAAAGAUUGGUUCACCAUUGAUGACGAUGUCCACAAAGGAUGGAAUGUUCAAAGACCCACAAAAUGCGACGAUUCAAAAGAAAAGAACUCUCACGGUGGCAAAGACAAAGAUGAUGAACCCGAACAUCACAAUAAGGAGGCUGAUUUGGAUAACAUCAGAGCCAUUAAAUUCAUAGAUCCCAGAGGAACAAGCGGAUCCAGAUGUUAGAUUGCUGACAUAGAUUUCAGAGGAUGGCUUGAAAAUGAUUCAGACAACGAGACCAGUUCUUCUUGUGAUACUGAAGUAUUUGUUGACGAUGAAUCUAUGGGAGUAAUCAACUCUAGUGUCACCUACGAUCCAUCUGCCACUCCUGUCAUCAGCACUGUAUUGCCCAAGGACAUUCCCCCUCACACUUAGACUGUCAUUACCAUCACUGGUACAGGAUUCGUCUCAGGAUCAACCUCAGUGUUUAUUGAUGACAUCGAAUGCCAAAUUCAAUCUGUGACUGCCACUGAAAUCAAAUGUUUGAGUGGAUUGAAGGAUGUGACAACUGCCAGUGUGACCAACAAAUUCAAAGUUGUAGUUGAUGGAGAUGAGGCAGUAAACAAUGCUCAAGUCAUCUAUGGAUAGAGAUGGUCAGACAUCAAGACUUGGGGAGGAUACGUAUUCCCAUCAGAUGGAGAUUCAGUGAUGGUAUAUUAAGGUGCCACCUUAAUUGUCGAUGUACAUACUCCAAAAUUGGUGCAAGUUUUGGUAGAGGGUAAUUUGGUAUUUGCAGAUGAUGCUGAUACUUCUUUGGAUGCACAAUACGUUGUUAUUAAUAGAGGAACAUUCCAAAUUGGUACUUAGGAAGUCCCACACUAACAUAAAGUUGAGAUUACCAUAAGAGGAGAGGAGAGAGGAGUCUAAUAUCCAAAUAUGGGUAACAAAAUGAUUGGUUGCAACGAAUGUCAAAUCGAUAUUCAUGGUAGAGAUAGAACUCCAUCAUGGACUCUCUUGUCAUAAACUACUACAAAUGAUGGCACCUUAACUGUAGAUGAGCCAGUCAAUUGGUUGGUUGGAGAUGAAAUCAUCAUUACAUCCAGUAAUUAAGCUUAAACUGAGGCUGAAGUUCGAAAGAUCGUUGCUAUUUCUGUUGAUAAAAGAACCUUGACUUUGAAUUAGACUUUGAAUUAUGUUCAUGAAACAGUAUCAGAGUACUUUGAUGGAGUUGAGUUCCCAAGAAAAGUGGAAGUGGGAUGUUUGACUAGAAGCAUUAGAAUCUAAGGCGAUUUAGUAAAUUACCAUGGAGUUCACAUUUACAUCUAAGGAACACAAGAUGAUGGUACUGAAGUGAGAAUUGAGAAUGUCGAAAUAGUGAAUGGUGGUCAAUAAAGAUAUUUGAAUAGAUUCCCCAUCAAUUUCAAUAACAAUGGAGUGGUGUCCAAUUCAUACAUCAGAAGCAAUUCAAUUCACAAUUCAAAUGCUCGUUGCAUUGGAUUACAAAGUGUAUCACAUUUGGAAGUGUCUGACAACAUUUGUUACAGCAUCGUUGGUCAUGCCAUCUACAAUCAAAAUGGUAAUGAAAUGUUCAACACCUUCGAACACAAUCUAGUGGCUGUCGUCAAGUCCUCUUGGUAAUUGUAUCAAUCAGAUGCAACAGCAGCAGCCUUCUGGAUUACCAACCCCAAGAAUACCUUCUUCAAUAAUAGAGUAGGUGGAGCAGAAUGGUAUGGAUUCUACUUGGCAUUCAAAUCAAAUCCUUCAGGUGUUGCCUCUACAAGUGAUGUGUGUCCAAAUGGUGUUCCAUUGUUGAACUUCACUAACAAUGCUGCCCAUUCAACUGGUAGAGUUGGUUUAAGAAUCGGAACUCUGAUUCCAAAAGUGGCCCCUUGUGUUACUCAUAGAAAUGAUGCAUUAGAUGAUCCAUUUAGUGCCAAUCCAAGUGUUCAAACUAAAUUGUCCGGAUUCACCACCUGGGCUAAUGCUUAAGUUGGUGUGUUGGCUGAUAAUUUGGGUAAUGUUGUGAUUGAGAAUGUGUUGAUUGCAAGUUCGAAGGUUGCUGGUUAUCAGUAACACAAAGCCAACUAUUCCGCUGAAGGUACAACCAUUAGGAACUUUGUUAUUGUUGGUUCACAAACUAGUACUGGUUUGAUUGUGCCCAGAACCAACGGAUUCUUGGCUGAUACAAUCAGAUUUGCCAACUUCCCAAGUACAUCGACCUUGAUUGAGUCAUGUUCAGCUUGUAGUAGUUACUUGGUGUGGGUGACAGGAGGAAAGAAUACACACUUCAAAGGAAUUAAGAUCCUCAAUUCUGCUAGUGCCAGAAUCAUUCAUUGGAACAAUUUCAGAAGAGAGAUCUUUUGGGAUCUAGAUGGUACUCUCACCAACAUACCCACUGGAGCUUAGAUCGUGGCAUAUAAAUUGCAUUUGGAUGGUUUGAAUGGAUGCACUCAUUAAGAUAAUGCCUAAUGGGAUAAUUCUUUGAUUUGCAACUCACAACAAACCAAAUUAAGAGACGUGGUAUUGAAUUACCCUACUCCUUACGAUGCCCAUGUCAAUCAAGCUUUGAGGAUCUAUAGAGUUCCCUCUUUGAAUGCCCCAUUGCCACUCGAAUUGACUAAAUAUCAAUAUGAAUAAUACGUUGGAAUCUGGAGUGGAGAUAUUGCCUACAGUUAUGCAUCUCAAUUCGCCUUAGGAUACACAUACAAUGUGAAUUGGUACAACAAUUGGCUCAGUCUAUCCAUCAUGGCAUCGUAAUACAUGAGUUCUCAAGAACCAGGUCUUGUAUUCAGAUUCAACUACACUGUUUAGAGAGAGACCUUCGAUGUCUACAGAAACAGAAAUCACAAAUUCCUUUCAAAUUACAGUUAAGUUCCAGAAAUUCCAAAUCCAAACACUUGCAACAACGGAGACUGGUACAACGAUAGAGGCACAUCCUUCUUCUACAUUUGUGUCUCAGGCAAAUAACGAGUACAAUAAGAUACUCUUGCUUUAUACGGAAUCUUCUGCAGAGAGACUUGUCCUGCCUACACUGAUGAUGUGGUAGUGAAGAUAUAAAAGAAGUGGUCAGACGUAUCAAUUUGGCCAAAUGGCAAACUACCAGUGGCAGGAGAAAACGUCACAAUCUCUUACGAAUACAUCAUCAUCAUUGAUAUCGAACUCCCAGAAUUCGAUACCAUUUUGAUUCUAGGAGAAUUGUGGUUUGACAAUGGAAGACCAGUUACUACCUUAAGAGCCAGAAAGAUCUUUGUAAGAAAUGGUAGAUUGGUUGCAGGAAGUGCUUCCCAAGCAUUCACUGGCAUCAUCAACAUCAUCCUCACUGGUACUUCAGGUGACUAUGAACUUUUAAUUGAUAAUAACAUCGAGGCAGGAAACAAUGUCUUGGCUGUGACUGGAGGAUUAGAAUUGUAUGGUAAAGUACCUUAAAGCAAGGUUGCCAGAUUAACAGCAACUGCAUCUGCUGGAUCUACUUCAAUUAGUGUGACAGACACUACUGAUUGGUAAAUUGGUGAUUGGAUUGUCAUUUCACCCACUGGUGCCAAUCCAGAUGAAGCUGAAAAAGUCCAAAUCACUUAGAUUGCUGGAACCACUGUCAUCUUUAGUGUUUCCCUCAAAUACAAUCACAAUGGAGUGUCUGCUGGUACACUCGUAGACACCAGAGCAACAGUUUUACACUUAACUAGAAACAUCAGAAUCUCAGGAGAAACCUGGGGAGCUCGAGUCUUAGUCUAUGCCUUUACUGAAAAGACUAGAUUGAGAAGAGGAUACGUUUAAUUACAAGGAGUUGAAUUCAUUAAUGUCGGAUAAGUGAAUAAAGAAUUUGCAGGUUUAGAUUUCUAAAGUGCGGUGGGUGGAGAUCCUGCUCCUUCUAGUGAUAUAGUUGGAUGUUCAUUCCAUGAUAGUGAUGGUUACUUAUUCAAAGUGGAAGAUUCAGAAUAUGUUAAUGCUCUCCAAAAUGUGUUCUACAAUGGAUAGAAGGCUUUGGUUCAAUUCAUCAAUUCCAAAUACGUCAAGUUCUAAUAGAAUACUUUGGUUUUGGUAUAAAAGAGAGUGAUUUCAAUCAAUUCUGCUAUCACAGGCACUUACAAUUGGGCUGUCUUGGCUUCCUUCAGAUAUGCUUCAGGUACCAAAAUCACCAGGAAUUUCAUCCUUGUUUCUAACAAUGUUGGUAUCGGUUCCACUGAUACAGGAUUCCACAUCAUGGCCACUCAUUGUGACGAUGAAUCUUAAGCAGGCUUCUUCUCAAACCAAUGUUUCAACACAGUUUAGGCAUGUUUCCACAUAACCUAAUCCAACACCAAAUGCAAUGUGGUCAAACAACUCCAAGCUUAUAACUCAGGUGUUGGUGUUAUGGCAUCCAUUUACACUGAAACCUUUAAAUUAAAGGACUUCUAAAUUAUUGAAGCUGACAGAGGAGUUGUUAUCAAACCAGGAUCAUCCAAUAAUUACGCCAAUGUCGUUUAAGUUUCCAAUGGUUACAUAGGAGCUGUCUUCGAAGGCUUGAGAUGCACCAACACUGUUGCCUUCUAAUUGGUUUCUGUGUCAUCCAACGCCUAUCCACCAGUCAGUAGAUCAUCCAAUAAUGCUGACAUCAUCAACACAAUUCAAAGAAUGGAUACUAGAGUCUAUAUUGACAAUGUCUAAUUCGAUGGCUACAGAUUGGUUUAUGAGCAAUUCCCCUAGUGCAGUAACAAUGCUGUCUUUAGAUAAAACGUAUACGCCUUGGAUGUCGUUGGACAACAUUACUUGACUAACACUCUAUGUUAAAAUUGUGAAUUUAAUUCAUUACUCUAUAGUUUGAGAAACCCCAAUUACGCUAAAUUAGGAUGGUAUGGAGGUUGCGGUCAAAUGGAAUGCAUCGGUUAGGUGAACUUCUUAGUUGAAGAUCAGACUGGUAACUUCUUUGGCGAAAAGGGUCAGGCCAUUGGUAAUAACUCAUAUUUCGGUCCAAGUGCAACCUACUGCAGCAGACAAGAAUUGUGGAAUGGAUAUUGGUGUCCCCUAUUCAAUAUUGGAGUCUUGAACUUCCUAAGUACAGCCUCAGAUCAAAAUCUAAGGCUCUAUUCACCAACUACUUUGAUUGGAUCCGGAUUCAAGAACGUUUUGAAUGCCUUCGCCGAAUGGAAUUGGAAUGGACCUGAACCUCAGAACUCAAGAGAGUCUAAAUUCGUUGGGCUUAUUCAAAUCAAUACCACCAUCAACAUGACCAAUAAGGGCGAGAAUCCAACCAAUUCAGACUAUUGGUUGAGUAAGAGAACCAUUGCAGGACCAAAUAAUGAGUGGGUGAUCAUUGAAUUACAAUUCGAUGUUCCAAACAUUGUCUAAGUAAGCGCCGAUGGAAAAUUAGUUCAACCUGGAUUAACAAGGAUCAAUCAACACAUGAAUCUUUUGGAGUAUACUGAUGCUUGUGGUUCUAAUAACUAUUUCUAUGAAAAUCGUACCAUUCACUUUGUUGUGACUGCUGGUUGCAAAGUAUCUCUUUCACUCAAAAACACUUUGAUGAUUUCAACUAGAUUGGAAAUAACUAGUGAGGAAUUCUUCGGAGACAAAUUCUUAUAAUAUGCAUUUGCCCUUCUUGGAGGUGAUCCAUACAAUUACUUCAUUGUCGGAACCUACAAGUCAAAGAACAGAAGAUUCUUAUCUAACUUUGUUGACGUUCAAUGGGCCAUUAUUGACAAUGCAGACAUUGGCACUGUUGAAGCACAAAAUUCUCAAUCAAAUCUUGAACAAAUAGCUGCCAAUCUUCAAUCCUUUAAUCCUGUUGAAUUGGGAACCGUCAUCAGCAACACUGCUGAAAUACAAACCAUCACCUCUCUUAAUUUCACUUCAACCGAACAACCUGAUCCUUCAUCUAACAACUCUGGUUCAUCAUCUGGCUCCAAUGAUCCCUAUUAUGGAAAUGAACCUGUCAACCAAGGAGACGAAGAUUACGUAGAUCCUACCCUCAAUGAUGAUAUCCUCCAACAAAAUGAUUAUGUUGGCAAUUCGAAUGAUGAUUCAAACGAUGAAGAUGCGAUCCAAAACCAAAACAAAAAAGGUCUCAAAUAGCCUCAAGACAAUUCAAACGAUAAUAUUUUAUUGAUUUCAGUCAUUUGCGCAGUGGGAGGUGUAGUGUUAAUUUCAUUAAUCAUCUCUGGUGCUUUGUGGAACAGAAGACAAAAUGUGCUCAAGACCAGAGUCCACCAAUAGAGUAGCCCAGAUAUUCUGUCAAAACCAGAGUAGAUAGAUGAUGACAUUGUGCAAUACAAUAUCUGA